AUGAGCGGUGUCAGCUGUUCUCGGAGUCGGUCCGCUGUGAGGUCGGGCCGUGGUCUAGUCAAAUCUGUAGUUCCUGUCUCCAACUCACACACUUCUGGUAGUGAGCACCAAAAUUCAUCGGGCAAAGGGAGUGAUGCAGAUUACUUUGUGAGGGUAUACGCCGAUAUAUUUGGAAUGGAUAGAAUUCCAUAUCCCAAUGCUCAUUCUGCCGAACAAAGGUUUUUUAACAUAGAAGCAAUAGAAAAGGACAUUGAAAGUCGAUUCGACGUUACUCUUAGUCAUAUACCCCCUUGUCAUGUUGUUGAUCGUGUUUCAACGGCAGUCGAGGAUCUUAAUGAGAUUAUGGAAAAUAUUGAUUUUGCCAAGAGGGCUCAUAAAUGCAUUUCUGCAGAGGCAUUUGUGAGUGAUAUGCGAAGAUCGAUUUCUCCUGAAAUACCUCGGGGGACGGUGAAUGAAAACUUACCACCAUGUUCUGAAAAGCCAUUAUGUGGCAAACCUUUGUACAGACACUUGGCGAAUGAGAGCUUUGCCUUGAUUUCUCCUCCGACUGCACUCUGCGAACAAUCCGUCCCUGAAAUCGUCAAAAAUUCCUCUCCAAAGAGCCCACCUGAUUCAGGAGUUACCGCAGUUGCACCAAAGCCCAUAGUUUUUGACCUUAAUGGUCCCAAUUCAUCCUUUGACGCUGUUUCUUUCCUCUCUGAAAAAAUUCGUGAGGCUAGAUCUCAAGCUGCUCUCUUGUGUGGUCUGUGUACGAAUCGCGUCCAGAAACGUUGGACACCAGAGCUGUGUGAGUUGCGGAACUGUCUUAUUAAAUUGGGUGGGGAUAUUGAGGCAACCGUCGCUGCGAUUGACACAUUGUCACCGAAUCCUUUGGAUCUACUUGAUCCUGAUACGACCACGGCGACCAGCAUACCGACGGAUUUGGAUGAAGUGGCGGAGCUGUAUCGAUUAAACACAGAGUGUGAACGGGUGUUGGCGGAAAAGAAAAAAUUGAUGCUGGACAGUGUCACGCACUGUGUGCGGCAACUAAAAGGUGCCAUUAAUCCUCUUCCGAAAAACAUGAAGAACGCCACUACAUAA